AUGGCCUGUUUACGGCCUCUGUUUUCCGCUGCGCAGGCCCUGCGUUGCACCUUCAUCUCCUCAAUCGAAUCGCAGACCGCUGCCCAAGCUUCGAGACAGCUACACGCCCUACCUACACGACAAUUAAGAUACUACCGGGCGACCCCUGUUUCUCAAUUCUCGCAACGACCUCAUUAUCCUCCUCCCCCAGCUACUUCGGCUGCCUCUUCCGCCUCUCGAUCAUCACUACCAAAGGACGAAGAAAUACGAAGUGCGAUAGUCCGGGUGGUUCAAGAGAAUGGACAAUUAGGAGAGCCAAUGUCGCUCAAGUCUGCGUUAGCCUCAUUUGACCGGUCCCGAAACUUCUUGGUACAAGUUCGAGCAGGAUCAGAAGACCAGGCUCCGGUAUGCAAGAUUGUCGACAAGUCGGAAUAUAGCGCAAGUGCAAAGGCAAAAGCAAAGGGAAAGGAGAGCAAGCCUAAGUCGACGGCUGUUCAGAUAAAGCAGAUAGAGCUGAACUGGGCGAUUGACCCUCAUGACCUUCAGCACCGUCUGGACCAGCUAGAGACCUUCUUGUCCAAGGGCAAGAGAGUGUCGUUGAUCCUGACAAAGAAAAAGAGAAAGAGAAGAGCUACACCGGACGAGGCACAACGGGUGUUGGCUGCCAUUGAAAGUAAGCUGUUUGAGAUCGGGGUUACGGAGGUGAAACCAAGAAGAGGCAAAAUCAUGGAGCACAUGGAAUAUGUUCUAGACAAGAAGAAGGCUACGGCGUGA